AUGACCUCUGUGGAGAACACCUGCAGCGGCCCCGAUUGCGGAAAGAUUGUCGACGGCAGCCUCAAGUGCCCCGUCUGUCUCAAGACCGGCGUCAACGCCUUUUUCUGCGACCAGACCUGUUUCAAGCGAAACUGGGCCCUGCAUAAGUCGGUCCAUAGUCCCGCUGGCCAAGAAACCACUGAUCCCUUCCCCAACUACAGCUACUCCGGCGACCUGCGAGCCGUGUACCCCCUGCAUCCUCGUCGAGAGGUCAAGCCCAACAUUGUGAAGCCCGACUAUGCUGGAGACGGUCAGCCCAUCAGUGAACAGAAGGUGCAGCGAUCCACCCAGAUCACCGUGCUUUCCGAGGACGAGCAGAACACCAUGCGAAAGGUGUCCAAGCUGGCCCGAGAGGUUCUGGACGCCGGUGCCGCCGCCAUCAAGCCCGGAGUGACCACCGAAGAAAUCGACGCCAUUGUGCAUGCUGCUUGUAUGGAGCGAAACGCCUACCCUUCGCCUCUCAACUACUACAACUUCCCCAAGUCCGUUUGCACCUCUGUCAACGAGGUCAUCUGUCACGGCAUUCCUGACAAGCGACCUCUGCAGGACGGCGACAUAGUUAACCUGGACGUGACCAUCUACAAGGACGGAUUCCAUGCCGAUCUCAACGAGACCUACUACGUCGGAGACAAGGCCAAGGCCAACAAGGACGUUGUGCGACUGGUUGAAACCACCCGACAGUGUCUGGCCAAGGCCAUCGAGGCCGUCAAGCCCGGUGUCAUGUACAGAUCGCUCGGCGAGGUGAUUGAGAACGAGGCCAAGAAGGCCAACCUGUCUGUGAUCCGAACCUACUGCGGUCACGGUAUCAACCAGCUGUUCCACUGUGCCCCCAACGUGCCCCAUUACGCCCGAAACAAGGCAGUUGGCGUGAUGAAGCCCGGCCACACCUUCACCAUCGAGCCCAUGCUGUCGCUGGGAUCCUUUAAGGACCAGACCUGGCCCGACAACUGGACCGCUGUGACUUCCGACGGAAAGUGGUCCGCACAGUUUGAGCACACUCUGUUAGUCACUGAGACUGGUGUGGAGAUUCUCACCGCAAGAUACAAGAACUCUCCCGGCGGGCCCGUUUCUGCAUGA